UCCUCGUCCUCUCGCCACACCGCUCUUCUACAGCCAUGGCCUCAGCAGCCGACAGCCGCAGCGCGACCCCCGCGGCCUACGCAUUCCUCUUCAUUGGCCGGCUGCACAGAAUGGCACGCACGACCACCGAGGGGUGGCUGCGCAAGCACUCCGACAACGCCUUCUCUCCUUGGCGGCGGCGCUACUUCUCGCUGCGUGGUGACAAGCUCGAGUGGUACAAGCCGCAAGGCGGAGAGGAGGAGAAGGCGGUCGCGGCGAGCGGCUCCUUCACCGUCACGAAGGACACGGCAAUCACCGCCAUCGAGGACAACUGCAUCCGGCUGAGCAAGGGUCAGCGAAGCCUCGUCCUUAUGGCCGGCUCUGCCGAGGAGGCGCAGAAGUGGCGCGUCGCCCUGACCAGGCGCAGCGGUGGAACUUCGACCAGGGCGAGCGUCGUCCCGCGCGCCCAGAUCGGCUGGCAGAGCUACUUCCUCAAAUGCCUGCCACCCUCGAAGGAGGAAGCCUCGCGGCGGGAAGCCUCUGCUGGCGCUUCCGUGGCGGCGCCGCCAUCAUGCAAAGGCGCCAUCAUGCCGCGGAGGCGGACCAGGGCGGUCGCGCAGGGCAGCACGCGUCGCAGCCGCGCCGACAGCGAGCCGCCGCAGCAGCCGUGGCUCCCCACCCGCCUCGCGGCCCAAGGCGCUGACCACAUCGUCGACCGGGCCGUCAUGGCGGUCAACCCGGCGUACCUCGCGGAGCGGGUGGUCGAGCAGGUGAACGUCGAUCGGAUUGUCGAGCAGAUCAACGUCGACGGCAUCGUCGACCGUGUCAACGUCGACCGGAUCGUCGACCGCGUGGUGCCGCAGGUCCUCGACGGGCUCCACUUCGAAACGGCAAUCGUCGACCGAGCCGUCGACCGCGUCUUCGCCAAUCUGCCCGCCUUUAUCGGCGAGGCGCUGCCGGGUGUGGUGUGGGGGCACGCGCAGGCUGCAGCCGGCGCGAUCGCCGACGCCAAGUCGUCGCACAUCGCGCUGGGCGUCGCGGUGGCUGCGAUGGCUGCGGUGGCUGCGGUGGCUGCGGUGGUGGCGCUGUUGGCGCUAGUCAUGCUGCUGAGCUUCAGCGCAGGCUUUGCGUGGAACGCAGGGCUGUCGAUGGGCCACGCCGGCCCAGACGCCACACAGCUUGUUGAGUACUAGAGAGCUGGAUGAUUGCACCCACUGUGUGACACACUCUCUCCCUGUCUCCUGCAUCAGACUCGCCUCUCUGACUCUGUAGCACUCCGCCGAAUAAUUGUCUAAUGACUGUGGUCUCAAUUCAUUUGCGGUUAUUUCAACCGACUGUGCAUAUCAUCUU